UUCCGUUUCCGGCCGGUGCUUGCCGCGAGUCGAACGGCCGGAAACGGAAAACACGGAAAGUCGGUGCUUGCAGCAGGUUUAAAAUCUCAACGGCUCCUAACGAUACCGGCUGUUCGUUCUCCUUUGCACCUCCCCGCGAGUACUUAUGGGUAAGAGAAAAGAGGAAAGCUUUUCAAACCCUGGACUCCACAAAAGGCCAAGACAAGAAUAUGCAGAUGAAUCUAAUGAUGAGCUUGAUGAAGAAGAACUUUCAGAGUUGCAGUCUGACAGUAAUUCCAGUUCGCAGUCGACGUCGGGGGAAGUGGGGAUAAUUGAAAGCAUCCAAUUGAAGAACUUCAUGUGCCAUUCAAUGUUGGGGCCCUUUCAGUUUGGAUCCAAUGUAAACUUUGUGGUUGGAAACAAUGGAAGUGGGAAGAGUGCUGUAUUAACUGCUCUUAUUGUUGGUCUUGGGGGAAAAGCUACCACAACUAACAGAGGAUCCUCUUUGAAAGUAUUUGUGAAAGAUGGAGAGACUUCUGCAGAUGUUUCGAUAACAUUAAGAAACAGAGGUAAAGAUGCAUUUAAACCAGAAGUAUAUGGCAGUUCUAUUAUUGUGACUCAACACAUUAGCAUGGAUGGAAGUCGUAGUUAUAAGCUGAAAAGCAAAACAGGGACAUUAAUUUCUUCUAAGAAAGACGAACUUACUGCAAUACUGGAUCACUUUAAUAUACAGGUAGAUAAUCCUGUGUCUGUUUUAACCCAAGAGAUGAGCAAGCACUUUUUACAGUCUAAAAAUGAAGGUGACAAAUACAAGUUCUUUAUGAAAGCAACCCAGUUGGAGCAGAUGAAAGCUGAUUAUUCAUACAUUAUGCAAACUAAGUCAAGAACUCAUGAACAGAUAGAACAAGGAGUAGGGCUUCUUCAAGACCUUAGGCAGCACUUUGUCGAGAAAGAGGAGCGCUACAAAAGUAUUGCGUUUGUGAGUGAAAUGGAAACCAACCUAGAGGCUUUGAAACACAAAAUGGCUUGGGCAGUGGUGAAUGAAACUGAAAAAGAAAUGAAACCAAUCAAAGAUAGUAUUGAUAUUGAGGAAGGACGUACUGAAAAGUAUGACCAGAAGCUGAAGGAAUGGCAGGUCAAAGUAAAUGAAGCAGAAGAAAAGUACAAGGCCAUCCAAGAUAAGUUAGAGAAGAUAAGUGAAGAAGCACAAGCGUUACAGCCUCAGUGUGUGUGUUUGAAAGCUGAUGUACAAGCAAAAAGAAAAGCAUACAACGAGGCUGAGGCACAUUAUAAUCGUUCUAGAACAGAAUUAAAACGACUAGAAAAAGAUGAUGAACAGCUACGGAAACGAAUUGAAGAACUGAAAAAUAGUGCUGAUCAAGUUUCAGAGUCUGAAAAGUUGGAAAGACAGAAAAAAAUAGACCAGUUGAAAGAGCAGUUGAAGAGCAUCCAUGAUCAAGAGGUCAUGAUGGUUCACGAGAUGGAUCAGUUUCAGCAGUCUGUCUACAAAUCCAAGGAAGAACAUACUAGACUCCAGCGGGAAGAACUUGAUGUGAAACAAGCGUUGGAUUCCAAGCAAAGGCAGCUGAAGGAGCUAGCAGACAGUAAAACAAAUAGAUUGAAAAGAUUUGGACAACAUAUGCCAGUCCUUCUUGAGGAAAUUGAAGGUGCCUAUAGAAAAGGACAUUUUAAACACAAACCUAUUGGGCCUUUAGGUGCUUUCAUUAGUCUCAAAGAUGCUGAACUUACUUUGGCUGUUGAAACUUGUUUAAAAAGCCUACUGCAGGCAUUUUGUUGUGAUAAUCAUCAUGAUGAGAGAACACUUCAGACACUGAUGUCAAAGUUUUAUUCAUCUGGAUAUCGGCCCCAAAUAAUUGUCAGUAGGUUUCGAAAUGAAGUGUAUGAUGUCAGACCCAGGGCCGUUCACCAUCCAGAAUUCCCAUCAGUCCUUACAGCUUUAGAAAUAGAUAAUGCAGUGGUUGCUAAUUGUUUGAUUGACAUGAGGGGUAUAGAAACAAUCCUGCUAAUUAAGAGUAACCCAAAGGCUCGUGAAGUAAUGCAGAGCAAGAGGCCUCCAAAAAACUGUAGAGAAGCUUUUACUGCUGAGGGUGAUCAAGUGUUUGAGAGACGUUAUUAUUCAUCUGAUAAUACCAGGCCAAAAUUCCUAAGUAAAGACGUGGAAGCAGAAAUAAGUCACUUGCAGAAAGAAGUUGAAAACAAAAUGGCACAGUUGUCAACAUCUCAACAUCGUUUACGUUCCAAUGAAAAUGAGACAAGACAGAAUGAAGACUAUCUUAAUUGUCGUCGUAGACAACAAAAAGAAUUACAGAUGAAAAUAAGAAGAAUAAACAUAGAAAUAGCAGAUCUUGAGAAUGUAGAAGAACACCAAUCAGUAGACAUCUCUACAUUAGAAGAUGAAGCUAAAGAAAACAAACAUAAGAUGGAAUCUGUUAAAAGGGAUAUGGAACAGCAAAGGGGAAAAAUGGAGGACUCAAAAAUUAUUCUACGAGUGGCUGAACAUAAACUUGAAGAAAUUAAAGAAAAACUUCACCAAGUAGAAGAAAUAGCCAGUCCAGUCAAGGAUGAAUUAAACCAAGCAGACUUAGAAGUGGAAAAGAGUAAACACCACUGGCAGCACUAUGAAGAGAAACAGAAAGAGCAUUUGGCAUCCAUUAAAAAACUUAAAGGAGAACUAGCUGCUAAAGAAAAAGAAUUAAAGGAAAAGAUUGCACAGGCCACACAAAUCUGCCCGCAACGGAUAGAAGUCAACAGAACUGUCAAGAGUCUUGACACAGAAAUGAAUCGCUUAAGAGACCAGAUAAAUUCAAAAAGAGAUCAUCAUGGAAACAGAGAAGAAAUAAUCAAGCAGCUUAUUGAAGCAAAGGACAAAUACCAGGAUGCAGAAAGUAAAGUGAAGAAUUUGAAGAAGUUUAUUAAAUUGCUGGAUCAAAUAAUGACACAGAGAUACAAAAUGUAUCAACAAUUCAGAAGGUGCCUUACUUUACGAUGCAAGUUCUAUUUUAACUUCUUAUUAUGUCAGCGAUCUUACUCUGGAAAAAUGAGUUUUGACCACAAGAAUGAAACACUUUCAAUAACAGUCCAGCCUGGAGAUAUAAACAAGGCUGCUCUAAACGACAUGCGAUCUCUAUCAGGAGGUGAACGUUCUUUCUCAACAGUUUGUUUCAUUCUUUCUCUGUGGUCCAUUGCUGAAUCUCCUUUCAGGUGCUUGGAUGAAUUUGAUGUCUUCAUGGACAUGGUUAAUAGAAGAAUUGCAAUGGACAUGAUGCUCAAGAUGGCAGAUUCUCAACGUCAUAGACAAUUCAUUUUGCUCACCCCACAGAGCAUGAGUUCCCUACCCACGAGCGGCCUUAUUCGGAUCCUCCGAAUGCAAGACCCUGAAAGAGGACAAACAAUGUUGAAUUUUCAACGUAGACAUCAAGAAGAGGAAGAAGACUAAAAUUAAUAAAUACCUUUGACACAUUAACAUGCUAUCCCAUAUGUUCAGGUUUUUAUAGUAGAAAUGUAUAUAAUUUAUAUGUCUGUAAGAUUACUAAGGGCUUGUUUACACACAUAGUGCAGCAGUGUGCACUGUAGGGUAGGAUUUCUAAAGCAUACCAGCGUGUUGCACACUAAUUGGUCUGUGUAUACCCUGCUGGUACGUACUAAGAUUUCCCUAGUGCAUUUCACUCCACAGCCUGUGUAGACAAACCCCUGCUUUCUUAUUGUUGUGAGUUAAGAGAAUUCAACUGAAGGAUAUUUCUAAUACAGGAGAGAGUUCCUUUAUUUUUUAUAGAGAAAUAAUUUGUGUAAUGAAAAUGUAAAUGAAGUGUGUAAUUUUAGUAAAACUACAACUUAGUUAAAAAAAAAUUCAGUUUGGUUCAAUGGAAAAAAUUAAAUGAAAAUGUUCAUUUCAAUUAACUUUUUUUAAAACUGCCAAUUACUGUAGAUUAAAACAUGAAAUAUACUCUUUUGGCUCUUCUGAAAAAUGUAGAUAUAUUUUGUAUAAUUAUGCUGGAGAAAAAUCAUUUAAAAAAACCCCUUUAAAAAUUGAUAUAAGUAGUAAAUGUGUUUACACACACACACACACACACACACACACACACACACACACACAGAGUCCAAGUUCACUUAAAUUCUGCUAGGGUAAUAUUUUUCAACACUGUUCAAGAAGGUUUUAAAAUGUAACGUAAAAUAUACUAAAUUUUCAAGACUGAAUUUUGCUGUUCAGUGUAUCCAGGACAGGAUCAUUUUGCUAUCAGGCAGUAUCUGUGAUUUGUUUUGAUUAUAUUAACUGUUUAUAUCAUCUGCAAUAUUUUGCCUUGAUACAUUUAAGAACAGAGCCACUUAUAAAGGAAAGUGUAACAAAACAAUAGGUUCUUCUUCAAGUGCUUGUUCAUGUCAAUUCUAAUUGGGCGUGCGCACAUGAGUGCAUAGCAGCUGGAAAAUUUUUCCCCUAGCAGUAUCGGUUGGGUCGGUCUGGGCAUCCCCUGGUGUGACAACACCAUGGCAUUCAAUAUAGGACCUUACCAACCUGCUACCUCCUCAGUUCCUUCUUAUUGCCAGUGACAGUUAGCUGGAACUUCCCCUUGCUCUUGUUGUGACCAUGACCACGCUGUGGGACUUUUGUGUAGCUCAUUCGAUACACCUGCAAGCACUGGACCUCAGGAGUACAGAACAAGUUGGUGGACAGUCUCAGCAGGUCUUUUCAUGGGCACAUGUGGUCCCUAUGCCCAGAUGUCUCAAACUCCAUAUUCAAACGUUGGAACUUUCCCCAGAUGGACCUGUUCACCAUGUGAUGCAACUGGAAAUGCCAACAGUUAAUAUAAUAUAUGGAGAUAUAUCUGUCUCAUAGAGCUGGAAGGGACCCUGAAAGGUCAUCGAG